CCUGCUGCUACCUUCACUGCCUGCUGGUGUAAAUAUUUCCACGAAAAGGGGGCUGGACGACCCCGACAACAGGCGGAGGAGCCAGAGAACAUGUCCGGUGUUUGCGUCCGCGUUUCGGUGUUUUUCUCGGUGUGCUGCGUCUGAACAGAGUCGCUGCAGACUGAGUUCGUCGGUGGACCGGGAGUCCGUCCGUCGGUCGGUGUGAGGUCGGAGCAGAGGCGGGAAUGGAGCGGAGCGAGGAGGACGAGAAUGAGAGCAGCUCGUCCCAACAAACCAGCACGAUGUGGAAACAGUUUCAAGCCCGCGCCAAGCCGCUGCUCAGCCCCAAGCUGGGCUCCAGAGACCCGGAGGACAAGAAGGACCGGGGCAUGUGGAUGUUCAAGAGGAUGAAGAGGAAGGAACACGUCGUCCUGGACCGGGUCAUCUCCUCCUCGCAGCCCGACCUGCUCUUCUCCUCCCAGGCGGAGGAGGCUCCGCUCUGCGGCAGAGGAGCGGCGGGGAGCGGCUCCGGGAGCGGCCGGGAGAGGCCGCCUGCGUCCUCCAAGAAGCCCACGGUGGCUUACCUGGUGCAGUCCCACCACAAGAGCUCCUCUCUCGGGUCCGCGUGUCUGGAGAGGCUGGCCGAGCCACCGGGAGGCGGCAGCGGAGGCGGCGGAGGCGGCGGCGAAGCGGCAACAGCUGCCGCAGCGGCAGAACCACAGCUGGAGAACCGGGAGGACCAGCCG